AUGAAAAAGGGUUUUCAAGAUUUAGAAGCUACCAUUUCAACUGCAAUUGAAAGUGACAACUCAUUUAAGGAGAAUUCUAGUUCAAUUCUUGAACAUGAGCCAACUCUUCAUGAGAAAUCAAUUUCUCAAAAUCGUCCACCAAAAACUCCUCGAAUUGAAUUACAAGAAAUUGAUAUCUCAUCUUUAGAACGUGAUCCUGGAAACCGUCCAAAUAUGUGGGAUUAUCCUAUCAACCAACAAGAUGAAAUUCGAAGAGCUUACAUCAAAGCUGGACCUUAUCAAUUUAUUAUGUCUAACUAUCCUCCUGAUAAGAAUCAUCUUGAGGGAUUCCGUACAUGGAAAAAAGUAAAUGAUGGGAAAAACUGUGCUUUCUUCUAUCAUGUGGAAAAAGAUCCUAACUCAUUACAUAAGGCUGCAGUGAAAAAGUCUAGAGAUCUUAUGAACCAAAAUCAACAUAUUGAGAAGGUGAUUGAAAAGCAAUCUUGUCAACAAAUUGAAAAUAACCGUCUAAGGGAGGUAUUGGAAAUGGCUCCUCAAAAUGCAUCUUACAUUUCACCCAAAGGUCAAAAGGAAAUUUUACAUGUCAUAUCUAAUAAGGUACAAGAUGCAAUUCGCGAUGAGAUUGGAGAUGGAAAAUUUUGCAUUAUUGUUGAUGAGGCUUGUGAUGAAUCAAGAAAGGAGCAAAUGGCCAUUGUGUUGAGAUUUUUUGAUAAAGAUGGCUAUAAAAUUUCAGAUGUUCUUGCUCGGCACAAUUUGAGUAUAAAAAAUAUUCGAGGUCAAGGUUAUGAUGGAGCUAGUAAUAUGCGUGGGGAAUGGUCUGGACUACUAGCCUUAUUUUUGAGCAAAUGUCCAUAUGCCUAUUACAUACAUUGUUUCCCUCAUAGGCUCCAUUUAGCAUUGGUUGCGACAUCUAGAGAGGUAAUUUCAGGUCAUCAAUUUUUCUCUAAAUUAACUCUUAUUACCAAUGUUGUUACUUCCUCUUCUAAAAGGCAUGAUCAAUUGCAAGCCGCUCAAAUUGUUGAAGUUGAGAAAUUGAUUGCUAAUCAUGAGCUUGAGAUUGUUAAAGGAUUAAAUCAAGUUGGAACUAUAAAACGGGUUGGUGAUACUCGAUGGAGUUCUCACUUAAGCUUUGUUAGAAGCUUAGUCAUUAUGUUCGAAGCGACUUAUUUGGUCUUGAAAAUCACAAUUGUUGAAGGGGCUACUUAUAGCCAAAGGGGAGAUGCUGAUUAUGCUUAUAAUGUUAUCACUUCUUUUGAAUUUGUGUUUAUUUUGCAUCUUAUGAAAGAAAUACUUGAGAUCACAGAUGACCUUUGCCAAGCCUUACAGCGUAAGUCUCAAGAUAUUCUGAAUGCAAUGUGCUUAGUAUCAACAACAAAAAUGUUGAUUCAGAAAAUGAGAGAAAGUGGAUGGGAUUCAUUGCUUGAAAGUGUGAAAUUAUUUUACGAGAAACAUGAAAUUGAUAUCCCUAAUAUGAAUGCUCAUUAUAAUUCUGGUCGAGAACUAAAUGUUAGGUUUAAGGAAGAUAUGAUGGAGUCACUUAUUCUUAACUCCUCUUUAGAUCCAAGGGAUGGUUUUAGAUCAUUUAGAAUUGAUGAUGUUUUCAGUCUUGCAAAUAAGUUUUAUUCUAAAGAUUUUUCAGAACAAGAAAAAUUACAUUUGAGAUAUCAAUUAGAGCAUUUUGAACUUGAUAUUCAACAUGAUUCUGAAAUGCAGAAAUUAUCAACUAUCUCUGAAUUGUGCCAAUAUUUAGUAAAAUCAAGAAAGUCAACUAUUUAUCCUCUUAUUAAUAGGUUGGUUAGACUUGUUUUGACACUUCUAGUCUCAACUGCUACUACUGAGCGAGCUUUCUCAGCUAUGAGUCUUGUAAAGACUAAGCUUCGUAAUAAUAUGGGAGAUGAUUUUCUUGCAAAUUCCUUGAUUAUAUAUAUUCAGAAAGAGAUAGCUGAUACUUUUAGCAUUGAUUCUAUAAUUGAUGAGUUUUAUGCUAUGAAAGAGCGACGAGUACAGCUCAAGAUGCUAAGACCUAAGUCGUAA